AUGACUGAAAGGUUAGCGAAGAAAUUACAGCUUCCCGUGGAACGAAAGGAAUCACUUUCUGUAUCAAACUUUGCAGCAACUCACUCAAAGGAACUCGACACAUACGUUGUCAAUUUUGAUGUCAUUCUGAAAGAUGGUUCAUCAGUUAAGCUUGAAGCAAACGUGCUCAAACAGCUUACAAGAGCAAUUCAUCAGAGACUACUGCAGUCUUUUGAUAUUCAAUUUCCCAAGGCUCUUUCCCCCGAAUGUCUAUCUGACUCAAUUUCUGAAACUUCUGAAACUGCUAAUAUUGACAUAUUGAAAGGAGCUGACUAUUUCUUACAAUUCAUCAAUGGCCAAAAAAUUGUCCUACCUUCGGGAAUGUUUUUGAUUCCAUCAAAAUUUGGAUAUUUACUCACAGGCAAGUAUCCCGAGCUAGCUGAUGACCACAAUAAACGUAUCCAUUCCUGUUAUGUGAUGAAUCAAAUAAGUCAGGCGAUCUCUGAAUUAAACUUCCACUCUGUUCCCGACACAGUGACAAUACAACACAACAGUCUAGAAGACUUUUGGAGUCUUGAAGCUAUUGGAAUCAAAGACACUCCAUACACAAAGGAUGAUGAUUUUGCUCUUGAACGCUUUAAUACAACCAUUUUGUUUCAAAAUGGACGAUAUCAAAUAACGUGGCCAUGGAAAUCAGGACACAAAUGCUACCUUCCUGAUAACCUUUGUCUAGCCUUUGGAAGAAUGAAAUCAUUAGCCAAACGACUACAAAAUGAUAGAUCACUUCUCUAUCGCUAUGACCAAGUUAUAAAAGAUCAAUUGAACCAAGGAAUUAUUGAAAGAGUAACUGAGACUGAAUCAAGUUCUGUAAAACACUAUUUGCAGCAUUAUCCAGUCUUAACUCUAACGAAGGAAAUAACCAAACUACGAAUUUUUUAUGAUGGAUCUUCAAAGCAAGAAAGGAACCAAGAGUCUCAACGAGUGUUUACACAGAGGACCGAUUCUUCUACCGAAUCUAUAGGGUCUUCUGCUAAGAUUUCGAACUUGCAAGAUACCUGUUCUAGCUGA